AUGGCUAUGUUUUACAUUUCAAUAUACAUGGUGGCCUUAGGCUAUGGAGCAAGCGAGCCAUCGUUGGCAACGUUUGGAUCGAACCAGUUUGAUGAGGAGGAUCCGGAAGAGAAGACGGCGAAGAACUCGUUCUAUAGCUACUUCUAUGUUGCUACAAACAUUGGCUCUCUCUUUGCAGAGACUGUGUUGGCUUACAUACAGAAUUUGGGGCAAUGGACAUCAGCCUUUAUGGUAGCUACUUCAUGCUCUGUUGUGGCUUAUGUUAUGUUGUUGAGUGGGAGUGUGAGGUAUAGGCAUUUCAAGACUGGUGGGAAUCCUCUUGCUAGAUUUUGUCAGGUUUUAGUGGCUGCAUGGAAAAAGUCCAAAGUUGAGAUUCCAUUAGAAGAUGAUAAGUUGUAUGAGGUUAAUAAGAGGAAUGGUUCUGGGCAAGGUGGGAGAAGGAUACUCCAUACCAAAGGAUUCAGGUUCUUUGAUCAUGCUGCAAUAAUCACCAACAAAGACCAGAUCAUGGGAUCAAAUAGGAACAAUGAACACAAUCCAUGGAACCUCUGUACAGUGACACAAGUUGAAGAAGUGAAAUGCAUAAUGCGCCUCCUCCCAAUCUGGCUUUGCACCAUCUUCUUCUCCGUCAUCAUCGUCCAAAUGGCUUCACUUUUCGUUGAACAAGGCGCUGCAAUGAAGACAACCAUCAACAACUUUCACAUUCCUCCGGCAAGCAUGACAGUCUUCGACAUCGUCAGUGUGUCUUUUUUCAUCAUUUUCUUCAACAAACUUAUAGCUCCAGUGUACAGAAAGAUAACAAAGAUGACACCUGAAGGACCUUCAGAAAUAACAAAAAUGGGGAUUGGUUUAGUGAUUGCAUUCAUUGGUAUGAUCACUGCUGGUCUAGUAGAACAAAAAAGGUUAAAACAUGCACAAAAAGGAGGGCCUGAACUGAGUUCAUUGAGUAUAUUUUGGCAAGUGCCUCAGUAUGUACUUAUUGGAGUCUCAGAGGCUUUUGUGUAUGUUGGGCAGCUGGAUUUCUUUGGUUCACAAACCCCAGAUGGGAUGAAGAGUAUUGGUAUUGGCCUUUGUAUGUUCUCCAACUUCUUAGGGAGUUACCUUUGCAGCUUCAUUGUGAGCAUUGUUAUGGAGGUUACGACGAAGGGGGGGCGAGCAGGGUGGAUUCCUGCAAAUCUGAAUGAUGGGCAUCUUGAUCGGUUCUUCUUUCUUAUGGCUGGGAUGACCAUCUUCGAGUUCAUUGGAUUCAUCUGGUGUGCCAGGCAUUUCAAGUUUAUAUCACUGGAAAGCAAGAGUGUUGCUGGUGAUCAAGAUAGUGUGGAUAUUACUUGA